GGGGGUUACCAUGGCAACGGGGAACGCCUCGGCAUGUGAAGUGAAAGUGGAAGAAGAUCCUCACAUCAUGCCUUCAACUUUCCAUUCGGGAAAUGAGGCUCGCGGCCCGAAUUCAGGCACGGGCAGAGAGAUAAGAAUAGUACAUAAAAACACAAGCUUGCAAAAAUGUCUGUAGUAUUGCUUGUAAGACUACUUCAAAAAGGUUGGUUGAAGCUAAACAGCAGUAUGAGGAUCCAUGUGCGUCUUCGACUCUGGGUUGGGCUGGCGGCAACAUAUUUGGUCUUCAUGGGACUUGUUCAUUUGCUACAUGUCCCUCUGAGGUCAAAUACUAUCCAUUCCCACUAUGAUUUAUCUGCUGAGGGUGUUGUGUCCAAACACCGUGAACAUAUGAGAAAAGAAGCUGAAAAGUAUGCUAGAGCUGCCAUGAAGGAACCCAGUGCAGGGCUAGAAAUGGCAGAACAAAUAAGAAUAUUGACGGAGACAUAUAAAAAGGCAGACGUCAAUUCCGAUGGUUUGCUGGAACUCUCCGAACUGACAACUUACAUCAGCACAAAGAUAAAAGAACAUUUGACUUUGGCGCUCAAGGAAAAUUUUUUCAUGUUUACGGCCAUUGAUUUAAAACCGCGUAAUGGUAUGGUGUCCUGGGAAGAGUACCACAGGUACUUCCUCAAGCAGCAUGGAUAUGAUGAUAACUACAUUGAUAACCACAAGAAGGACCAUAAGGGCUUGCCCCGAGAACUCAAAGAAGCCAUCAUGAGAGACAAGGCAUCGUGGUCUCAAGCUGCCAGAGACAACCCAGAACAGCUGACCAUUGAUGAAUUUUUAGCCUUCAGACACCCAGAAUCAUCCCAUGCGACAAUACUUAGCAUCGUAGAGGAAACCAUAGGAAGAUUAGAUGUUGAUGAAGACGGAAAACUUACUGAAGAAGAAUUUUCUGACCCUACCAUGAAUGAAGUGCCUGAUUACAUGACUGAGGAACAAUUCAGGCUGGAUCGGAUUAAUGAAUUUAAAAUUGCAGAUUUGGAUAAAAAUGGCAAAGUUGAGAGAAAAGAACUGUUGCAUUAUAUUGAUCCUCGUAAUGUGCAUCAUGCGGAAAAGGAAGCAGUGAAUCUUCUAGCUGCAGCCGACAGUAACCAAGAUGGAGUUCUUACUCUUGUCGAGGUGUUGGCUGAGAGAGAAAUAUUCAUGAAAAGCAAGAUGGUGGAUGCUGCAAAGAGCUUCCAUGAUGAGUUUUAAAUAAACUUCUUCAGAUCUCAUGAGCUUUGUAAAAGUUGGUAAUCAAAGUAGGAUGUUAGCUAAUAUUAGUAAGAAUUUUAACCCAAGAUGAUUCCUUCCUGUCAUUUUGUUUACGGUCUAGAAUUCUGUAAAGGAUUUUGAUCUUCAUCAUAAUAUUUAUGAUAAUGUUCACUUUGGGUGGUUUGUAAUAGGUGAAGAAAGCAUUCAGGACUUUUAUUCACAAAGAGAAGACUUUGUUUUCAGUAGUAACUAUUUUUUACCUAAAACUAGCACAAACCUGAUUAUGACAUUCCUUCCUUUUUAUUACUUGUUCCAGUGAUACUAAAAAUAGAUACUUGUUAGCAGUAUUAUUACUAGGCAGUAAGGUAUAAUGUAGUACAAGCAGACGACUCUAUGAUGCAAAAGAUUUUUGUGAUGCAAAAUAUAUUCACCCCACAGCUCAAAGAAAAUAUUUCAAAUGUAUUUUUAAUACAUUUCACAGUACUUAACACUUGAUGUAUUGAUUGUCUUGCAUAAUUUAUCAGGUGAACAAUGUGGGUAAUGAAAGAGAAAAAGUUCAAGGAAACUGCAAGUAAAUGGAAACCUUAAUGGGAUUGUGGCAGAGUAGAAUGGCAGUAGCAGAAAAAAAUUACAUUUAUAUUUCUUUUUGAUUACUCACAUCACCAUUUCUUGAUACUUGUCACUGUCUUAUUGUUUUGUUAUAGAAAGGCAAUGUGUGUCAUGUUUAUAAAUAUUGUUAUUUGUCUUCCCCAACAUAGACUAUUGUUUUUUUAACACAUUGUAAUAAUGUGGCAUAGUUAUACAUAAGAUGCCUAAAAACAUAUUCAGAUCCUUGUUUUGGGCGUUGUGGUUGAUAUUAGAAAUGUUUUAAAAUUUACUCCUUUAGUUGCAUAAUAAAGAUAAUAAAAGCUGAUAGGUACGAAAUAGAGAAAAUAAGCACAAUUGCAAUUGCACACAAGCACACACAUACAGCAGAUGAAGACAUGCAUAUGUACUGUUAUAGUUGCAUGAAUACAUACAUACUGUAGGCCUACACAGUAUUUAUUUAUGUACCUCUAUACUCUUUUACCUGUUACCUGUAGGGCAUAGUUACAUAUCUGUCUUCCAUACUACCUUCCUACCCAACUACUAUUAACCAGAAAUAUCUAGUGACAAAAUCACUACCUUCCUACCUACUUAAUACUUAUCUACCUAUCAGCAUACCUACCUACUUGCAAACAUAUCUAUCUCUUUACCUACCUACCUUUCUACCUACCUACCUAAAUAAAUAAAUAAACCCACCUACCUACCCACCCACUCACCUACCUACCUACAUAACGACUUACCAACCUACCCACCCACCAAUCCAACCCACCUACCAAACCAGCCACCCACCUAUCUGUCUACCUACCUACCUACUUACUAAUGUACCUGCCUACCUAGCUACCCACCUACCUAUCUAUCUACCAACCCAUCUAUCUACCUACCUACCUACCUAACAAACCACACAUUUGCCUACCUAUGUACCUGCAAACCUAUCUACCUACCUACUUACCUAUAUACUUACCUACCUGCCUGCAAACCUAUCGACUUAUUUACAUAUAUAAACAAACAAACCUACCUACCUACCUACCAACCAUCUUACCUACCCACUUACAUACACAUACAUGCAUAAAUACAUACAUACAUGCAUACACAAAAUUAAUUUCAACGUACAUUCAGAGAGCUUUGAAUACCUAAGGGAUCUUAUAAAGCAUGAUAUAGAGACAAGAAGGUUAGAUCCACAUUUUAUUUUAGGCUGCAGUAGAUUAGUACUGGGAAAUUUCUGAUGCACGUUUAUUUCUAUUUUGUGUCAGAAUUACGUAGUGCAUGGAAGGAUAUUGGCUGUAUAGUGCGGUAGAGUGUGCCUAUGCUGUGAUACUAGUGUAAUAAAAAUAAAAGUAA